AUGUUAAGGCUUCCCUAUGUCGGUCUUGUGGGCGGCGUGCUGGCCGUGCCCUUGGAUCAAUUUCUCCGAGUAAACGGAUUCUCCAACAUGUUUUGGGGCUGGGGUGCCGAGGAUGAUGACUUCUUUGAAAGGAGUGCUCUUCUCGCCCUCAGUUUCAAACGCUACCGUCUGGAUGGUCUCAACACUCUUCUCUAUCAUCUCAAAAAGAAGACUCUGGCGAGUUUGGGGACUUUGGUCCAGCUUGACAAACAAGGGCUGCCCGACUCCGAGAAUACCCCCCUACUGCAUCUUCUGAUCGAAGUGACCAGAAGAUCAUCAAGGCACCCCCGUGGCCUCUAA